AUGUUCAGAAAGAUCCACUCCAUCCUGCACCCCGGCCCGCGGAGGAGGGCGGCCGAGAAGCCCUACUACCCGGCGGCCGCCGGCCCCACGGCGGCGAGGCUGCUGCGCAGCAGCUCGGUGUACGUGGCGGGCGAGCACGGGGAGAAGUUCAGCGAGUCCCUGAAGCAGCCCCGCAGCGCCAGCAGCAUGGACGCGGGCCUGUGCCACCUGCAGCCCGAGGAGCGCGCCUGGGCGCACGCGCGCACGCAGGACUGCCUGCAGUACCUGCAGGAGCUGCUGGCCCUGCGCAGGAAGUACCUGGGCAGCCUCGGGGAGCUGCGGGGCCCUGGGGCGCGCGCCUCCGCGCCCACCUCCUCCAAGUCCUCCAAGGGAGGCCAGAAGACCCCCAAAGAAGUCAAGAAAGCCACGUCAAAGAAAUACUCGCAGUUCAGCGCCGACGUGGCCGAGGCCAUAGCCUACUUCGACUCCAUCAUCGCGGAGCUUGAGACGGAGAAACGGCCGAGGACGGCGGAGGCUGACCUGCCCAGCGAAGACGUGGACUGCGACGUGGCCACCAGCUCAACGGAGCACAGUUUGCACUCCAACUGGAUCCUACGGGCACCGCGCAGACAUUCUGAGGACUUUGCUGUGCAUGUGGCACACACCACAGAUGGCCAGUUUCGAAGGAGCACUGAACGCAGGGCCAUUGGCGCCCACAGACGGCUUGAGAGACACCCCAUUUACCUGCCCAAGGCUGUGGAAGGGGCAUUCAACACCCUGAAAUUUAAACCUAAAGCCUGCAAAAAAGACCUGGGGAGCUCCAGACAGAUUCUCUUCAACUUCUCCAGAGAAGACACGGAGUGGGAUGCAGACCUGUUGGCGCUGGAGUCCCCGGCAUCUCCUAUGGAGGACUUCUAUGAGUCAGAGAACCCUAAAGGGCAGUGGCUGAUCCGAGAAAAACUUUGGGAGCGGACAGUGCCCUGACUUGGCCCGAGAUCCUCACGCUGUCUCGGGCUGGGUCGUUGAAGAAUGUCUGCUUUCAGGGUACUGUGGAGUGUUUGGUAGGGUUAAAAAACGGAACCUGUAAAGUGCUAACAAAACCCAACUCCUUGCCACUGCUUGUUGUUGCCCAGCUAGUGCCAAAAAGACCUUCAGCUUCCCAGAAAACAGGUCUCGUGGGACAUGGAGCCUGGGUUUCCUACCCAGGUAGAGAGAUGAGCAGGGAGGUAGAACUUGGCUGUUGUCCCAGGACAGAGGCACGGCAGACCUUAAGUGGUGUGUCCAGGCUCUCUGCAUCCUUUACCCGGCCUGGCCUGCCCACAUCCUGGGGAGGGGCCAGAAGGUGACAGCUUCCAAUGUGCUCAGUAACAGAAAGGAACCCCACCAUGGAGCUCUGGCACAAAGUUUUCAAGGAACCCACUGGCUAGGCCCUGAAGUUGUCUUCUUUAGUGCAUAAUGCAACCAGAGAAGUGGCUCCUUUGGCUUUAGUUUAUCUCAAAGUUCCCCCAGAAACUUCUGCUGGGUUAGGCUGAGGAUAAGGCUAACAUCCUGGCAUUAGGGUAGGGGAUUGUGUCAAGGCCGGCUCCAAUACCCAGCUCCAUUUCCAAAAGGUAUUUGGCUUAAGAAGGCAGAGAUGGAGUGGGUCCCUCUUUUCUUUUCUAAUUCUCACAUAGAAAAUUCUUUUAAGUGUCCAGCCAUCCAGCUUAUGACAGACGAGAUAUUUCCCCAUCCCCAAUUAGCAGGGUAGCCAGCAGCACCACGUUCUUUGUUACUAGGAAGAUUGUCUGUAGUUUAGUAAACAUCUGAAUCAAUUCCAUUGUUAAGAUAGUCUUUGUAUUUCUAGCACACCAUCUGCACUUUGGCGUAUAUUUGUGCCCCUCACGUUGGAGGCCCCCAGCUUUGGAGAAUGCGCUGCACUUUGUCCUUUCUUAUUUCUCCCAUCCAAGUACUAACAGGCCUGACCCCGCCUGGCUUCUAAGAUCAGACAAGACCGGGCGGGCUCCGCCUGGAACGUGCGCCUUUCUCACUGAUUUCACUUGGCAUCUUCUUGUACCGCAGUCACUUGGGGAUGAGGGGGAAUAUGCUUAUGAACGCACACCUCCGGGGAUCAAGGGAAGGAGCUCU